AUGGCCAAGUUUUUGAGGGACACUCCCUUGGGUCAGUUCAUCCGAUUAGUGUCGCAAGGUCACCUUCUGCAAUAUACAGAAGAUGGAAACGGACUCGAAAUCUUGAGCAACAGACGAUCGGCGCCGGUAGAUGCAGUGGUUGAAGCUCCAGCCGACGUUGAAGCCGACCCCGAAGUGCUAGCGAAAAAAGGCACCAACGUUGACGACCUUGUCAUAGUCGACUGGUACAGUCCGACGGAUCCUGAAAAUCCGCGAAACUUCUCAAGGACGAAGAAGCUAUGGGCCAGCUUCAUCAUCUUUCUCUACACAUUUGUUGUCUACUGCACCUCGUCCAUCACAACACCGUCCUACCCGUACAUCGCACCUCAGCACGGUCUCAAUGAGACAUCCGUCUCCCUAAUCCUCGCUCUAUACGUUCUGGGCUAUGCUCUGGGUCCUUUGCUGUUUGCUCCUUUGUCAGAAAUCCCGUGGAUCGGCCGCAACAUCCCAUACUGGGCCUCCUUCCUCCCGUUUCUCGCCUUCUCCAUAGCCCUUACACAGGUCCAAGACCUCAACUUUGCCACCAUCUGCGUCCUCCGCUUCCUGCAGGGCUAUUUUGGCUCCCCGAUUCUCGCCACCGGUGCCGCGUCCUACGACGACCUUUUUGAUGAGUUCGAGUCGCCGUACGGCUACAUGCUUUGGCUCGGUGCCAUGUACGCUGGCCCCGCCGUCGGUCCGCUCCUGUCAGGCUACGCCGUCGUCAAGGACUUCAGAUGGCCAUACUGGGAGGUCGCGAUCAUGGCAGGCGGACUGUUCCCCCUCGUCCUUUUGUUGCCGGAGACGAGCGCAGACUACAUUCUCCUUCAGCGAGCAAAGCGCAUGAGGAAUUUCACCAGUGAUCCAAAGUAUCGGGCACCAUCGGAAAUCAAGAGACUGAACAUUACGAAAGUGUUUACGGACGCCAUGAUCAAGCCGACCGAGAUCGCGAUCAAGGACCCGGCCAUUGCCUUUGUCACCGUCUACGGCGGCAUCGUGUACGCCACCUACUACUCGUAUUUCGAGUCCUUCCCCCUGGUCUAUCACGAUCGAUACGGCCUCUCCGCAGGUGGUAUUGGGUUGAUAUUCCUCUCUGCGAUCAUCGGCGCUGGAAUCUGCGCCGUCAUCUACGCGGUUUACCUCCAGCUGUAUUUCACUCCACGGGCUCGUGCAGCAGUGAACAAAGCGGCUUCCGCUGUCCCAGAGACCUACGACGCGAGCCAAGCCCAGUCCCUCGUCUCAGGCCCGCAAAGACUACACAUCAACGCCGCGAUCCCGCAGGAGCAGUGGCUGAUCCCGUCCAUCCCAUUCAGUGUGCUCUGUCCCGCGGGACUAUUCCUCUUCGCCUGGACCGCGACCGCGACUUCUCACGACUCCAACGGGAUUGCGCACCCGACGUACCACUGGAUCGUUCCCACAAUCGGCAUCGCCCUCUUCUCCGGGGGAAGCUACGUCGUCUUCCAGUGCACAAUCAUCUACAUCUCCCUGUCUUACAGAAAAUACUUCGCCUCGCUGUCCGCCACGUACGACAUGUCGCGGGGGUCCAUGGCUGCCGGGGUGGUCAUGGGUUCUAGGGCUGUCUUUGUCAGCUGGGGCGUCGACAAGGGCGUCAGCGUGCUCGCGGGCGUCAGUGCCGCGGGCGUGUUGGGCAUGUUGUUCCUCUGGAGGUACGGGGCGAUGUUGAGGGCGAGGAGCACGUUCGCCGAGCGAUAG